AUGUUUUUGUACGGCAGUAGUACAGCAAAAGACGGCUGGUUGUUAGUUCUCGCUUCUUCCUGCGCAUGUAUAGCUGGUGCCAGUCUGAUCUUUCUUAAACGACGAAUACUAGAAAAUAAACACUUCAUAUCAGCUUCUUUAUCGUUGGGUGGAGGCGUUCUGCUGUUCAACUCACUUUACAUUCUGCUACCAGCAUCUCAUCAAAACCUUAACUCUAACUUAUUGACUUUCGCAUGCUUCUUCAUUGGAGUUUUCUUGACAAUAAGUUUAUCAUAUAUAGUAGAAUGGUCUACGCCAAAUGCUAUUCACACCUCCACCAACAUCGCCACGAUACAUAAUCAUGAUGUUGAAUAUGGAACUGUUGUAGUAGGAGAUGCCAGUCAUGUCGAUCAUAAGAAAGACUUUCUAUCUAUUGGUAUACAGACCGCUAUUGCUAUCUGUAUUCACAAGUUUCCAGGUUAUCAACUGGGAUUAAAGGUCACUGCAGCAAUGACCAUCCAUAACUUUGUUGAAGGAUUCCUGAUAUCUCUACCUUUAUUCCACGCUAUAAACUCACGUUCUGCUGCCUUCAUCUACGCUUCCUUGCUGGGCGGAUUAUCCCAGCCAUUAGGCGCUGUUUUAGGCUUACUAACAAUAACAGAACUAGAUCAAAUAUACAACAAGUAUCUAUUCGGAAUUACUUUUGGUGUAGUCAGCGGAAUGUUGUGCUUCAUUGCAAUACAGAGCAUGCUUCCUCAAGCUGUUAAAUUAGACCAUCAUAAUCAAAGAAAUGUUACUCUAUUCUUCUUCAUUGGGAUUUCUUUGAUAGGCUUUUCGAAUAUCAUUCAGUCUCUGUAA